AUGGACCCAAAUAAUAGCUGCCUAACCGCCAUAGAGGAUGUUGUCACGACAGACCGCACUCUGUCGGCGGCAACAUCCGCCACACCACCCGCCCACAGCGAUACCGCGUCCACGGUCGGCGCUUCUUGCGCCCCCUCAGGCUACCGCCCCAUCUCUGCCGUUGAGCUGUAUGUGAUUAUGAAUCGCAUAGCAAAGCCAGAAACACCCGCAGAAAAAGAGGCCGCGGAAAGGGCGUACGCACAUUUCGUGCGCCACGACUUAGCCGCCGCCCGGGCACAACAGCCGCAAACAGAGUCUUCCUUUCCGCUGAGUGAACUGCCGCGCUCGGCCACAGAAGAGGUGAUUGUUCCGCCGGGAGCCCUGCUGGGUGUAGCAACUCAAGAUGUUGCUGCUCUGGCGGAGGCGGCCCCGAAUGGUGUUGCGUCACCAGUCUUGGCUACUCAAGAAGCCAGUGCGCUGCUGAUCGCCCCAACGGACAAUUCCAGUGAAGAAGCCGCUAGCGCGCCAGUCCUCGCCGCGCAGAGACUGACUGACAGCGACCACCCCAACCCAACACGGCACCCAACAACGCCAGUUCUACUAGAAAUUCCUGAAGCCAACCUGGGGACACUUCUAUCGGCAGAAAUGCCGAUGGAUGUGCAACAGGCAUCACGGAAACGACCAGCCACCUCUGACUCUGAGGAACAAACCGCAGUAACCGCGCCUGAAGGGCGCCAAACAAAAAAGAAGGCUGCUGCUGCAGACGCCCCCACAGCGCCCCCUGCAGCCGAGGAAGACGGUUUUACCGUACCAAACCGGCGGCACACUGCCAAGCCCAAAAGGCUGGAGAAGGUGCUCGCCCCACCGCCAGCCACAUCAAAUCGGUUCGCAGAGGCAACCGAAGUUGUCAUGGAAGCGGAACCCGCCGCCCCAGCACGUAAACACACACGCCCCCCUCCAGUAGUCGUGACGUGGGACGACGAGUUCAUGGACCUCCGCCGCAUGAUUAAAGAAGUGGUGGAAGUAAAGUGCCCCAUGGACCCAAAUAAUAGCUGCCUAACCGCCAUAGAGGAUGUUGUCACGACAGACCGCACUCUGUCGGCGGCAACAUCCGCCACACCACCCGCCCACAGCGAUACCGCGUCCACGGUCGGCGCUACUUGCGCCCCCUCAGGCUACCGCCCCAUCUCUGCCGUUGAGCUGUAUGUGAUCAUGAAUCGCAUAGCAAAGCCAGAAACACCCGCAGAAAAAGAGGCCGCGGAAAGGGCGUACGCACAUUUCGUGCGCCACGACUUAGCCGCCGCCCGGGCACAACAGCCGCAAACAGAGUCUUCCUUUCCGCUGAGUGAACUGCCGCGCUCGGCCAUAGAAGAGGUUAUUGUUCCGCCGGGAGCCCUGCUGGGUGUAGCAACUCAAGAUGUUGCUGCUCUGGCGGAGGCGGCCCCGAAUGGUGUUGCGUCACCAGUCUUGGCUACUCAAGAAGCCAGUGCGCUGCUGAUCGCCCCAACGGACAAUUCCAGUGAAGAAGCCGCUAGUGCGCCAGUCCUCGCCGCGCAGAGACUGACUGACAGCGACCACCCAAACCCAACACGGCACCCAACAACGCCAGUUCUACUAGAAAUUCCUGAAGCCAACCUGGGGACACUUCUAUCGGCAGAAAUGCCGAUGGAUGUGCAACAGGCAUCACGGAAACGACCAGCCACCUCUGACUCUGAGGAACAAACCGCAGUAACCGCGCCUGAAGGGCGCCAAACAAAAAAGAAGGCUGCUGCUGCAGACGCCCCCACAGCGCCCCCUGCAGCCGAGGAAGACGGUUUUACCGUACCAAACCGGCGGCACACUGCCAAGCCCAAAAGGCUGGAGAAGGUGCUCGCCCCACCGCCAGCCACAUCAAAUCGGUUCGCAGAGGCAACCGAAGUUGUCAUGGAAGCGGAACCCGCCGCCCCAGCACGUAAACACACACGCCCCCCUCCAGUAGUCGUGACGUGGGACGACGAGUUCAUGGACCUCCGCCGCAUGAUUAAAGAAGUGGUGGAAGUGUUAGGGAAGCUGCAGUCCAGGGACCCGCCGAGCCACACAGUCAAACAGACUGACUGUGAGGCCCUUGGUGGUAUCCCGCGCCUGCUAGGUGUAGGGAAAGGUCACUGGCACGGAAAUUGUCGAAAUAUAGGACAAAUUCAGUAA